UUACGCAGGCCGAUUUUGACCUAUAUGCUUGUAGUCAUUUAACGGAUGUGACAAUUAAGUAACACCGUAGAUACCAACAGAGAGUAUUAUAAAACAAACUGUUGGAAAUAUUCUUGAGCAGAGAACUCAUAUUUUGAGAAAAGUAGCCAUCAUGAUGUCACUUUUUACCCAUUCAGUGUUAAACACCGUAUUACUUCUGUGUGUGUGUGUUGUUGGAUAUCAAGCGGAAAUUAUUAAUACAACUACUGCAACCGCGGGGGUCAUAAAAGGUAAAACAAACACUGUUUCUAUCGAUGAUAAUAAUAUAACGAUUGUGGAGUAUUUAGGGAUUCCCUAUGCUGAACCCCCUAUUGGUAAAUUACGUUUCCAGCACUCCAUCUUAAAAUCAGGGAACGCAAGUGAUGUGUUCGAAGCUUUUGAGUAUGGCCCACCCUGUUAUGAAUUUACUCCAGAGACACCCAUUGUUAAUCAUAGCGAGGACUGCUUAAGCUUGAACAUUUUUACUCCCUCCACCAACGGGACAGAUAAUUACCCAGUCAUGAUUUUCAUUUACUGUGGAGCUUUUCUUCACGGUAAAUCGUCUUUAUACGACGGGAAAAGAUUAGCUGCAUACGGUGACGUGGUUGUAGUGACGAUGAACUAUCGAUACGGACCUUUUGGAUUUUUGUCAACUGGGGACAGCCAUGCCCCGGGCAAUUUAGGGACAAUUGAUCAACAGACUGCCUUGAAAUGGGUGAAAGAUAACAUUGAUAGUUUUGGCGGAAACAGUUCCAUGGUUACAAUCUUUGGAGAAUCUUCCAGUCCCGCAGGCAUUAUGUAUCAUAUUUUAUUUGGGAACCAGUCGUUAUUCCAAAGAGCUAUAUCACAGUGUGGUUCCGUUAAUGGGUUUUGGACUCAGUCCACACCCGAUCAACAAUUCAACACUGCUAAGAGAUUCGCCAUGGCAUUAAAUUGUUCGAUACCAAACAACAGACGAAAAGCAAGCAAGGAAAUCCUAAAUUGUCUCACAUUAGUCAAGGCAGAGGAUAUCUGGUCAAUAGCGUCUGAACCAAAUAUAUAUUCCUGGGUUCCCAGGUUUGAUCUUACCAAGUUGAACACAAUUCGUUGGCCUCAAGCACCGCAUCAUAUGAAUAAACUCAAGGAUGUUUAUCAGGGGAAAGAUUUGCUACUUGGAGUAAAUGGAUACGAAGGCCAUUUUCGAAUUGAAAGUACUUUCAGGGACAGUCUUAUUAUGAUGAAAAAUACUUCCAUUCCUGGAAUACGUUCUCUGUUCAGACACUUUGUCAAAGGUUUCGUUGCACAGAUGAACAUUGCCCCCGAUGCUAACUCACUGGAAGCAUUGAUUGAUGCUAUUACGAAUCUGUAUACGAAUGCCGAAGAUCCGGACGAUCUGGACUUUAAUCUGAAACAGUUUACCGAUUUCCUAACGGAUACCUUAUUUGUAGUGCCUGCUUAUAGAGACGCCGUGAGCCAUGCAUAUAUGAACAACCAAACCAAAACCUACCUAUAUGAAUAUAAUCACGUAUUUCCGUUUAGGGCCCAUAAGACUAUUGACGACUGGUUAAAUUCACCACGACAUGGUGGAGUACUUGGUUAUGUAUUUGGAUUACCGAAGUCGCUGACUACAUCUUUGAACACUACUGAAGAUCAGAUAAACAGUCAGUGGCCAUUCUCUAAAGUGGUUAUGGAUCAUUGGACCAACUUUGCAAAAUCAGGAAAUCCGAACCUACCAAGAAAUGUUGAAACAGAAUGGAAAGAGUACACGAACAAUGAACAGGAGUAUCUUUACUUUCCUGAAUCCGGAAAUCCAAUGACCAGAAAGUACAUCCGAGCCAGGCUUAUUACAUUCUGGCAGGAUUAUGUUCCCAAGCUGAUGAAUCGUACCAAAAGCUCGCCCACCAAUCGAGAGUGUAACCCAUCAUCUUCUACUCAAGCAAGCGUGAAUAUUAUUCUGUUAAUGAACCUUUCAUUCAGCGUGCUUCUUAUCUUUAAAAACCAUUAAUAAAUCGUGCAUUCCAAGUGGUGUGUCUUACGAACACAAGAGAGUGCUUGCAUUGCCCCCUUUAGACUGGUUUAAAAUAAUGUGUCUACUUAAAGUUCUGAUAACCGAAAGAGGGUAUUUUUAUGAUAUUAUUUUAUAAAAAUCUAUAUAUUUUAUAUUUUUUUUAACUUGUUGCCCUUGUCAUUGUAGAUAUUCAAAGAUAACAAUAAUUAAAAGUCCCUUUACAAUUGUUUCAUUUUGCCCUUAUGGGAACUUGGGCUAGAAAGAGCAUAAGAACUUUGGGGGAUGGUUGCCUUUAAUGAAUAAGGAGUUGACAUUUUAGCCACCCCCCCCCCCGCCAAAACCCUGUCAUUCAAUCCACAGUCGCACAGAUUAUAUUACAUCCAUAGGACUAAUAUGCUUGUUAUGUCAUAGAAUGUCGAAUAAUAUUUUAGCUUUUUUAUAAUAUUAAAUACAAAAAUAAACAUUAUAAAUACGUUGUUAUUAAUGCAAAAAAAGAAGAAAAAAACACUGACGUAUAAAAUAGAAAUGGCGUCAAUAAGAAAUAAUAAGUUCUAACCUGCAAGCAUAUGCUUUUUUGUGUUUUAUAAAACCUUUUCACUAUAAUGCACGGAACUGUGAAACGGUAAAUUUACCAUUAACUAAAUCUUAUAUAAAGAGGAUGAUGGCAAUGUGAACUGGAAAACUACAUUGGGUUCGUGACAAAUCUAUAGCAUGUGAAGGAAAAUAUGAAGCGGUUGACACAUACAAUGAAAAAAGUAUGGAAAGAAAUCGGCUGCAUUCUUUAUUAUUUCUCCAUUAUUACCUUUUUGCUGCCGUAAAAAUUCUACAUGGUUAAAGUGGUUAAGGAUUUUGUGUUUCAUGCCAUGCUAAAUAAUAGUGUAAUAUAAAUGUAUAUAAACUGAU